AUGUCUUCAUCACCCUCAGCCACAUCUUCGGCAAUCCGAAAGUUUUUUCAAUUCGAAGUGUUGGGCAUACUCGAAUCGGUCUUCAAACAAAAAACUGGAUGUCCUCGCCAAUCACUCAUCGUACCCAAAGCAAGAGGAAGACUAGCAUUGAAGUUUGGCGGAUUUACCAACAAUACACAACACUUUGUAGAAGGAUUGGAAGGGUUUUCUCAUGUAUGGCUGUUUUGGAUAUUCCAUCAAAAUAAUAAUUUAGCUGAAGAGACUACAAUUAUUGCCAAUACUGAUACUAGCUCUAUGGAAGGCAACAAUAAUGGAAUGAUGUCAUCAUCGGAAGUCAUUAAAUUCAAAAUGAUGGAAAAGGCCAAAGUUCGGCCACCUAGGCUCGAUGGAAAGAAGAUUGGAGCACUCUCAUGCCGCAGCCCAUAUCGACCAAAUCCAAUGGGUAUGAGUGUCGUUAAGUUGGAUAAAAUUACCAGAGAUGAAAACAAUAAUGCAGUUUUACACUUGUCGGGAAUUGAUUUAGUUGACCAGACACCCAUUAUUGAUAUUAAACCUUACAUUCCUGAAUAUGAUAUGGUUUUACAAGAUCCAUUAUCAUUUCCAAUUUUGAAGGAUUUAAUAAUGACUUAUUCGGAUGAAAUUAAGAAACGAAAAUUGGAGAAGGAAACCACGGAAGAGCAAAACACUGCCUCGUCAUCUUCUCAGGAAGAUUCCACACAAUGUAAAUAUUUUGCCAAAAUUGCAGAUUGGAUGGAAAACAUGCCAAGAAAGCAACGAGAAAUUACUCAGGUACAUUUUUCAGAAAAGUCUCUUCAAAUGAUUGACACGCUUAUUGGUAAAUCGACCUUCUACGACAACGUUGAUGAUGCGAAAGAAUUAUUUGAAGAUUUAAUCAAACUUGAUCCAAGAAGUAAAUACAGAAGAGAGAAGUGUCAAGAUGAACUUUUUGGAAUUCAUGUGGAUGUAUUUAAUUUAUUGUGUCGAGUGACAGACAAUGUGUGCACUGUUGAAGAUAUUGAGGAUUGGAGUCAAGGUUGUCCCUAUUCGAAAGAAGAAUUAAAAGAAAGAACUCGCCAAGAACGAAAUGCUGUAAAAGAGAAAAAGAAGAAGCACAAGCAGUCGCAAGAAAACUCGGAGAGUGACAAUGAUCCCACUGAAUAA